AUGCUGGUGCAGCAAAGAAUGAUUACUGGCGAAUUAGAAACGAAACAGAAAAUAGCCGCUGAUGAUGGAAUGAGGAAGAGAACGCUGAUGCUGUCAGAAGUCGUCAUCAACUUUUUUUCGCAGUAUGGCAGGGUUAAAGAACAUUAUACUAGGCGUCACAAGCAACAGUGUGUCAGAAAAUACGAUGAUUCUGAUGAAAAAGUGGGGACUCACAAGCGCAGAGAUAUUCAGGGGCUUAGAGGAAUAGCCAUAAUUUAUGUUCUCGCUUUUCAUCUAUAUCCAGAAUUAUUUCCUUAUGGCUUUCUCGGCGUCGAUAUAUUUUUUGUCAUUUCUGGUUAUCUCAUGGCAAUGACCUUGCUGAAAGAAAAAGCAUUUACUUUAACGAACGAUUACAUUACUAUUCAGGACGAUUCUAUUUGGGCUGCUGGUUUUGCUACAAACAUACUUAAGUACCUACAAAACCUAGACUACUUCACUGAGUUUUCCUCUCUUCAAAGCCGAAUGUGGCAGUUCAUAUGUGGUGGAGUAAUUAACAUUCUUCCGAAAGGGUAUCAGAAUUGUCCGCUUCUUGUUGCUGGAUUGGUCUUAUUAUCACCUUUAACUUUUCUGUUGCCAUUAAGCACACCUGUUCUUCGCCUUAUAUGUACUCUCAGUGCUGCUACGGUGAUAUACUUUGGUAAUGAGCUUACGAACAAGAAAUGACA